AGGAGUGUGCUGCUCCCCAUCCUGGCACUGUGGGCGGGGUGCUGCUCAGGAGGGGCCCCACCAACCCCCAUGGGCUUGGCUACCCUGCAGCUGCUGCCCAGCCCACCAGGGGCCCCCGACGGUCAGCUGCAGCCCAUCCCUGGCAUCGGCCACCCAGACAAGCCUGAGGCUGGGAAGCUGGACCAGCUGCGGUGUCAGCCCACCCCGAAGCAGGGAGCUCAGGGAACCCCCACCCAGUCCCCCUCCACUGGCUGGAAAGCGCUCCCCAGACCAGGGCUGGCCCUGAGGAAGGAGUCACCCCCAGUGACCUUGGAGCAGGAGCAGGGUCACAACAAGGGCCUGGUCACUGAGUGGGCUCAGCCCCAGGCCACAGCUGCCAUGAGGGCUGGGGCAGGGAAGCCUGAGGCCUUGAAGCUCAGGCCCUGGCAGGCCGGCAGGGACCCUCAAGCUCAAGAGGGGACAGCAGUCACCGAGGAGGACCAGGGCCAGAGGACAGGAGGCCGGGAAGACAAGGGAAGGGGCCUGAAACCCAGGAGGCCCCCCAAAGGGACCUCCCAUCAACCUGGGCUGAGGAUCCGGCGCCCACAGAAGGACCGCAGCCGAGGCCAGGAUGGCGGCGGCAGCACCUCCAAGACCCCAGGCCAUGGGUGGAAAAGACCAGGAAGCACACAUGGGCACAGGCACAGGCACGCAGACCUGGGCACCACCCAGCAGGCCAUGCCCUCUCUGCCGGCCUCGUGCCUCCUGGCCCAGGCAGUCAUCGCCUGUGGCAAUGUCAAGACGAAGCAUGUCCCUGCCCUGACCGACCCUGGUCUGACCACACUCUACCUGGCAGAGAAUGAAAUUGCCAAGAUCCCAGCCCACACGUUCCUGGGGCUGCCCAACCUGGAGUGGCUGGAUCUCAGCAAGAACAAGCUGGACCCCCGAGGCCUGCACCCCCAUGCCUUCAAGGAUCUGAUGCGGCUGAAGCGGCUGAACCUGGAUGGGAACUCGCUGACCACAGUCCCAGCCCUACCUGCGUCCCUGCAGGAGCUCAAACUCAACGACAACCUCCUGCAGGGCUUGCAGCGCAGCAGCUUCCGUGGGCUCAGCCAGCUGCUGACGCUGGAGGUGGAAGGGAACCAGCUGCGUGACAGGGACAUCUCCCCCUGGCCUUCCAGCCCCUCUGCAGCCUGCUCUAUCUGAGGCUGGACCGGAACCGGCUGCGGGCCAUCCCACGCGGCCUGCCGUGCUCCCUGCAGUUGAGCUGGAGCCCCCAGGAUGGGGAGGCAACAUUGUCACCAUCAAACAACCCUGCCUCUGCUUCUGCUGAGGAGGCGUGGAGCAGCCCAUAGGGGGAUCUGUGCGCUGAAACUCACGAGGCUUCAGGCCUCUCCUCAGCUUGACCUAACCUUCCAGAAGCCCACAGUGGGACCUCCUGGAUGGCUCUGCACCCUCUGGGUUCUCUGAGAGCUGCACCUGGGCACCAACCUCAUCGAGGAGGUGGCGGAGGGUGCACUGAGCCACAUCCACAGCCUCAGCCUGCUGGUGCUCAGCCACAACUGGCUUCAGGAGCACCGGCUGGCACCCCGAGCCUGGAUUCAUCUCCCGUGAGUGAAGAUGUGAGUGAAGCCCAGAGCUUCGCCCCAAUGGGCAUUCGGAGGCAGAGAGCAAGGAUGGCCCAGAGCAGCCCCGAGAGGAAGCUGGAGACCCUUGACCUGUCCUACAACCGGCUGGUGCACGUGCCCUCCUUCCUGCCGCGGGGCCUGAGGCGCCUGACGCUGCACCACAACCACAUCGAGCGCAUCCCUGGCUACGCGUUCGCGCACAUGAAGCCAGGCCUAGAGUUCCUGCACCUGUCCCACAACAGGCUGCAGGCUGACAGCAUCCACAGCAUGUCCUUCCUGGGCCUGCGCGCCUCGCUGGCGGAGCUGCUCCUGGAUCAUAACCAGCUGCAGGCCAUCCCACGCGGCCUCCUGGGCCUCAAGGGACUGCAGGUGCUGGGCCUGAGCCACAACAGGAUCAGACAAGUGCCCUUGAAUUCCAUCUGUGACACGCGCGUGGCUCAGGACUCCAACCUUAUCUCCACACACCUGGAGAACAACCUCAUUGACCGGCGCCGCAUCCCGCCCACUGCCUUCUCCUGCAUCCGAGCCUAUCACAGCGUGGUCCUCCAGCCCCAGCGGGGGGAGGAGGAGGGCUCCUAGCCCCGCCUGCCACCUUCCUCUAGCACACACUCUGCUUCUCGAGGGGGUGGAGGGGCAGGCUGAGGUGUGCUUGGCCUUUGCACCACUGGGAGAAAGGUCUAGAAGACCCCACUGCUUCCAGUGCACCCACUUCCCAUUGACUGGUGAGGCCGCUUCACUUAGCAAAUGGCCCAGGGGCGAAAGGUGGCACUGGUUUGUACUUGAACAUAAUAAAUGCAGCUUGGGCAGGCUCACCAGCCAGCCUCCCUCCC